UUCUCGUGUAUCAUGAAAUAUGAUCAUGCCUGGUGAUGGUCAGUGUCUGGGGCUCGAGACUGGCCCCCGGACCCGAGUCUUACUUUACCGAUGAUAGUUCCUUUAACGUAGCGACUGGAAUAUUUUUAUUGCGGCGGAAACGAUGGCCGUACAAUUUAGUUUUUCUUAACUACUGUGUGGAGAAAUAUGUGUUCCGUGUUUGUUCAUCUUUUCACCCGUGCCUUAGCUUUCAGAACUGCCAGUACACUGCGUGAGUGUGACAGUCUUUGUCACGUCCGUUUCAAGGUUUAAUUGAGUUCACUAAUUUUCUUGUGAAUUGAGCAUAUCUUAAAAAUUGUACCCCAAUACCUUCAGGCGUAUUCAUACCUCAGUGCUUCAUUACACAAAUUCCAUAACUAAGUACGAAGUCUCACGAGCUAUUAUUAAAAAAAAGUUGUGUCUAUAUCACGCUAGUAACAAUAGUACGAGGAUGACCAGGACUGAAGAACUUCACUAAUGACGGCUUCUCCGGCGCUUCGGCCUCAGGUGCUUGCGCUCUACAAGCGCAUCCUCACCUGCGCCAAAACUUGGCAGGCUAAGAACCCGAUACAUACGGAAGAGGAACGGAUGUACAUUAGAGAUGAAGCGCGAAGACUCUUCAGUGCCAAUAGAAACCUUGCGGAUGAGAACAAAAUCCGGCUUUGCAUUCAAGAAGGUGAAGCCAGGUUGGAAAUAGCGCGGCACUACCAGAUGCCGUAUCCUCGGCCUGUUCACUUCCCGCCCAAGUCAAUCACGCGCACGCAGCAGCGCCUUUGGGGCUCCGCCAACCUCCGCCGACAGAGCAGAAGUCGCCCUAUUUAUAUCAAGACGCUCGAUCAGGACAGCGGAGCCAAGUCUUCAUAGCAAUCGAUAUGUUUUGGAUAACUGUCAAUGGGCUCUCAUUAAAAACUUGUGCGCUUCUUUGAAUAAAGAGUAUACUUUAGGAAUAAUUUCUACCUCCCACUAGCGUUUGCGAUUUAAAUUAUCAAUAGCAACAAUAGAGAUUGCGUGAAGAUGAUCAUUUUAACAUAACAUAAACAU